CUAUACGUUCCGUGCGUUACCAUUGGGGUUCUCCUGUAUUGUUGCAUAGAGCCCAUUACAAAGUGAAGUACAGGGAGUAGCCUGCCUGCUCGUCUUCCUUUUUACUCCAUUGAUCCGCCCCUUUUGAAGUUCGAUCUAACUCAGAGCAAAAAGACGCCAUGUCUCUGGGCUAUGCAGAGAAGCUUUCUUACAUAGAGGAUGUUGGCAAUGUCGGAAUGACCGAAAUUUUUGAUCCACCUCGCAUCCUACAGGAGAAGAUUGAGCGGCUUACCAUGAUGAUUCGUAAGAGUAAGCAUUUAGUUGUGUUUACUGGAGCUGGGAUAUCAACUUCUUGUGGUAUACCUGAUUUUCGGGGCCCCACAGGGAUUUGGACACUUCAGAGGGGAGGCAAUGCAUUGCCUGAAGCAUCACUCCCAUUUCAUCGUGCAAUGCCAAGCAUGACUCAUAUGGCUUUGGUUGAAUUGGAGAGAGCUGGCAUCCUUAAAUUUGUCAUUAGUCAAAACAUUGAUGGGCUCCAUCUUCGAUCUGGAAUACCAAGGGAAAAGCUGUCAGAAUUGCAUGGGAAUUCUUUCAUGGAAAGAUGCAGUUGCUGUGGUAUGGAGUACUUUCGAGACUUUGAGGUUGAAUCUGUGGGACUGAAGGAGACAUCAAGAAGGUGCUCCAAUGCAGAUUGUGAUGUUAAGCUUAAGGACACAGUUCUUGAUUGGGAGGUGGACGCGUUGCCCUUUGAAGAGAUGAAUCCAGCAGAGGCACACUGUGAAAAGGCUGAUGUUGUAUUAUGUUUGGGAACAAGUUUACAGAUCACUCCUGCGUGCAAUUUGCCUCUCAAGUGUCUCCGUGGUGGUGGAAAGGUUGUUAUAGUCAAUCUCCAGAAAACUCCAAAAGACAAGAAAGCAAGUCUGGUCAUCCAUGGAUUUGUAGACAAGGUGAUUGGUGGAAUCAUGGAGCUUCUCAAUUUACGGAUCCGCCCUUUUGUCAGAGUAGAUCUUCUCCAGACCAUUUUUACUCAGGCAUUGAGUUCAGAUGAGCGAUAUGUAAAUUGGACACUGCGACUAGCAAGUGUACAUGAUAAGAGGGCUGUGCUCCCAUUCAUCAAGUCUGUGGAGGUCUCGUUUUUAGGCAACCAUACCAUGAAAGAGGCUGUUCUAGAUAAGCACCCUUUCAAUUUAAAAAGGAGAACCGUUCUGACAGCGGAACCAUUUGAUGUUAUCUUGAAAGUUAACUUGAGCGAGGGCUGUGGAUGCGCAUACACCCGAAUAAAAAUCCCUAUUGAUUUUCACGCAUCAGCGGAUAGUAUGAAGCGUGAUAAAGAUCAUGUGCUGCGGAAGCUAAAAAGUAAAGCUGUAAAAGGAUCGUAUUGUGGGCAGAAUUCGGUUAUAGAGAGAAGCGUGAUUAUGAUGGGCCCAAAGACUGAAAUGACAGUUCGUGCCAUUGUCACCAACAUCAGGUGGUAUGAUGAGAAGAUGGUGAAAACUGCUGGAGCUGGUUCGUUAACCACCAAUGCUUAUGCUCCCCCCUUGAAAAGAAGAAUACAAGGCAAGAAUGAAAACGGGACACCUCGUAAGCAUCUCAAAGGCCUAAUUAGGCAUCAAACUGUAAAACUAGAUAUGGAGUAGAUGCUUCUUUGUCUUCACAGUCUACAACUGUACAUACAUAUACUUGGGUUGGCUUUUGGUUUUUCCUAGGAGUAGAAAUCUGUUAGUGUCCCAUAUUGGUUAGAUAGACUGGGUCCCAUUUGUCUC